AUGGACUUAUCUACAAAUCCGUCCACCUUGAUUAAUAAAAUGAUUCGAUUAUAUUGUAUUGAAGACAGGAUUUUCAGUGGGUUCUUAUACACUGUAGACCCAAAGACAGGGAACUAUGUGUUAUUUUCACAAAUGAAUGGAAAAUACCAACCAACUAUUGUCCGCUGUGAAGUAGUUGAGAGGGUAGAAAUACUUGGUGAUGAAAUCCCAUCCGAGUUAAUAAAAAUUUUUGAUUCUUUCACAUCAAUUGACAAAUGUUCAUUGAAUACAAGUGAAGAAAUGCAAACAACAUCUUCGGCUAUCAAAACGUUAACAUCAGAUGAGUUAAGUUGUCGACGUGAGAAAAUCAUCAAACUAUUUUCUUUAAAUCAUCUAAAUGAAGUAACUGUAAAUGAUCGAGAGGAAGUAGUUAUUCAUAAUGUGGUAUUUAUUAAGCCGCCAUACAAUAUCGACUGUUGUUCUGGUAAAAAUAUGAUUAUAUUGGAUCGUGUUAAAAAUUUAAUCGGUAAAUUAGAAGAGGAUAGAAACAAUCCAGUCGAAUGAAGUACAAGAAUUAGCUCAGAAUGAUACUUUAUGUAUACCGUUCCUACACAAAUGCUUAAUUUCCAUAUAAUUUAUCGUUGCCUGUUUGUCUAAUAUUUCGUGGCAUUUCUCCUUAAUAUAUUUGUGUAAAUGCUCUUAAAUGAUUGUAUGUAUAACUGUACAGUUAAACAGUUUUCGUGCAUUUAAGGUUUUAUUUCCAAUAACUGUCUAAUAUUUCAACUUAAUU